AUGGCAGCUAACGGGUCGACUAGCCCAGCCGCGAAUGAGGCCCGGACGGCGGAAUUCCACCCAACUGUGUGGGGAGACUUCUUCAUCACCCAUGUCUUCCAUUCUGAAGAGUCAGUCAGCAGCUGGAACCAGCAGAUUGAAGCCCUAAAGCAAGAGGUGACGAACAUGCUAUCCUCGACCUCCGACGGCAAACUGUCCCAGAAAUUGAAACUAAUCGAUACGAUCGAGCGGCUCGGUAUCGGCUAUCAUUUCGAACCACAAAUCGACGACCAACUCCGUCAAGUCUUCAGCCUUCAUCCAAACCUGUCGAACACUACUUGUGCAGAGGAUCACGAGCUCUCCACCGUAGCGCUCCAUUUCAAGCUGCUCCGUCGACGCGGUUACAACGUGUCGAGCGACACGUUCAGCAAAUUCCUCACGGCGGGUGUUGGCGGGAAGCAAAUUUUUAAGAAAGAGCUGGGAGAUGAUGUUGAAGGGAUGCUCUGUUUUCACGAAGCUGCACAGCUGCGAGGGGCAGGGGAGGUGGUGUUGGAAGAAGGUAUUGAAUUCACUACGGCUGGGCUUAGGUCCAAGAUGGAGGAGGCCGCCGCCGAUGGGGAUGAUGAUUGGGCCGGGGCCCGGUGGGAGCGGGUUGGUCGGGCCCUGAACGGGCCCAAGUGCAUGCCGAGGCAUGAACAGCUGCUCUACAUCUCCUGCUACGAGCGAGAAGUUGGCGGCGGCCGCGACGAUCCAACGGUGCUGCUCAGCCUGGCCAAGUUGAGUUGGAACGUGGUGCAGCACUUGUACCACCAAGAGCUUAGACAUCUUACCAAAUGGUGGAUUGGAUUGAACUUUGCGGAAAAGUUGAGCUUUGCUCGAGACAGACUAGUGGAGAUUUACUAUUGGGCUUUCGGAGCCAUAUGGGAACCGAAAUUUUUUCAAGCCAGAUUGUUUAUCACCAAAAUUUUGGUUCUUGCGUCAGUAACUGAUGACAUAUAUGAUGUUCGAGGCAAUAUUGAUGAGCUGGAGUUAUUCACAACUACUAUUAAGAGAUGGGACACGAGCAUGAAGGAUCUCCCGUGUUACAUGAAAGUGUUUUUUGAAGCAGUUAUGGGUGUCGUUGACGAAAUAGGCACAAUUACUACCGCGGAAGGCAGGUCAUACUGUUACGAGUAUUUGAAACAAGCGGAAAAGAAUCUGACGAGGGCAUACCUUGUAGAAGCAAGGUGGUAUGCCAACAGGGAGGUGCCGAGUGUGGAGGAUUAUAGGCGCAACGGUGUAUAUUCAUCUACCUACCACUUGCUUAUAUGUGCGUCAUUGUGUGGGAUGGGUGAAAAGGCACCCGUGGAAGUGUUCGAUUGGUUAUUCCAGGACCCCAAAAUUUUAGUUGAUGUAUCCGAUCUCGGACGCCUAGGCAACGACGUCGUUUCACAUGAGUUCGAGCAAGAAAGAGGACAUGUCUCGUCAUCGGUUGAAUGUUACAUGAACCAGUACGACGUAUCGAAAAAGGAAGCAGUUGAUGCAUUGAAGGAAAUGAUGGAGACGGACAGGAAGGAUAUAAACCAGGAGAGUCUCAAUCUGCCCGAAUUUGUGUCUGGCGAAGUGCUUUCCAUGAUCCUUGGUCUAGGAUGGGCGACGGAUGUGAUAUACCAAGAUUAUGAUAGCUAUACUUUGUCGGACACUGUCACCAAGGAUGCACUCACUGAUUUGCUAGUCACUCCCAUGCGUUGA